AUGCAAGUUCUGGAGGAGUACCUGAAGUUACAUGAAUUUGCUGGGCAAGACUUUCUUCCGGCAUUAAGGAACUUUCUCUUCAGUUUCCAACUACCCGGCGAGAGUCAAAAGAUUGACAAGAUUCUCCUCGCCUUUGCUCAUCAAUAUGUCCUGCAAAAUCCCAGCGCUUUCCACACUCCCCAGGACGCUUACGUUCUGGCCUAUGCCGCCAUUCUCCUAAACACUACCCUUCAUAACACCAAUGCAAAGAGCCAAAAUCUCAGUCUGGCUGAUGAGAAGACGUUCAUUCAAACCAUGCUGGAUUUUGACAAAGAGACCAAUCUCUCCGAGGAGAUGAUUCGAAGUGUCUAUCAUGGCAUCAAAUCGAAGCCGAUUCAGCUGGCAGAAGAAUGCUCCGAACCCAGCAUCAUGCGUGGCUGGCUAUGGAAGCUGGGUGGACGCGUGAAAAUUUGGAAGCGUCGCUGGUUUGUCCUGACGGAGGAGUACCUCUUCUACUACAAUGCUCCUGACCGAAUCACUCAGCGAAAGGGUAUCGUAGCACUGGAAAAUGUCUGCAUCCGACGCGUCAACAAUGACCGUUCAAGGGAGUUCUGUUUUGAACUCUUUCCUCGUCCUUGCCCCAGCAGCAAUAGUAGUGGCGCUGUCGGGAGCGCCGGCAGCAACGGCAGUCUGGGCGGCGGAGGCGGCACAAUCAAUACACGUAAAGCUGAUAGGGAGGGGAUCAUCACCACUGACUACCACACCACCUACCGAAUGGCAGCGAUCAACUCAGAGGAGUACGAGAAAUGGGUGACCUCACUUCAGCUCAUCACUAACCGCUUCGGGAUGGUGGCAGCGGCGAGCGGUCUAAAUCGCCGCUCAAAGACACCACACCGGGGCGCCUCAGUUCCCUGCUUGUCCGGCUCCUCCUCCUCCACAAACUCCUCCGCAGUCGCGGCUACUCCUGGUCUGCCGAGUGUCGCAUCCCAACCGAAUGGUCUUACCUCAUCCUCAACUAGUCCUGAGGUCUAG